ACAAACAAUCCAAAUCUGCUCCUCCCCUUUUAAAAUAAUCCCUCCUGGUAUUUUGCCCAACCAGACGUCGUCCCCAAAUAUUUGUGUGCGGCAGGUGGCCCUCACCCAUACUGUGACCACAGCUUCUUCCCAGCCGGCAUGCCCGGCCGACUACCUGCACCACGCGGCACCUCCCUAUGGCUCGUCCCCCAGAGCCGGCCCUGCUCCCUCUCAGGCUCCUCCCCCUUACACUACUCAGGACAGAAAGCUCCCCCCCCACCUCCGCCCCCUCCUCCCUACACACCCCGCAAGGAAGGCGCUACCGCCACGGGGCAGGCUCGCCGCCCACCCACCCCAAAGGCUGCGAGCGCCGGGAAGGAGAAGGAGAAGGUAGGGAACGGUGUAGUGAUGCAGCAUCUGGCUGCAGGUGGACACAUUUGCCGAAGGGCAGCAGGUGGCGCUGAGGGGGGAGUGGGCAUCGGGGUGCCAUGUGCGCUCCCAAAAAACACUGCUCAGGCUGCCAUUAAAGCUGCCACUAUGGGCGCCCGCAGAGCCCUCUUCUGCUCCGAGGCCCAGGCUUGUGCCUCCCAGUGCCCACGACCCCGCACCCCCUGUGGGCAGCAACAGAGCUCCUGUGCCCAGGCCGAGGGCCAGUCGGACACGCUCCGGCACGUGCAAGAACUGCUGGGGGGGCUCAUGUCCGGCGCCAGGUGCAAACUGGAUCUCACUCGGGCCAAGGAGAAGCUCCUGGGCCCCAACGGCCCGCUGUAUGACAUCAGCAGUCUGCAGUCGCAGCUCCACAGCUUGGAGGGAGUGCUGGAGACCAGCCAGAACACCAUCAAGGUGCUGCUGGACGUCAUCCAGGACCUGGAGAAGAAGGAGGCCGAGCGGGACGGGAGGCACUCGUACCGUACAGGGCAGGACAUCGAAAACUGUGGCACGUGCAGAGACUGCGCCUGUAUCAUCUACAGCGUGGAGCACGACUUCCGUCUGCAGGAGGGCCAAGUGACGCGCAACUGGAAGGUCCCGGUGCCCCAGGAGGCCGAGCAGGGCUCCCCUCAGACGGUGCUGCCGGCCCGUGACCAGGACUCCCCGCAGUCCGUCAAGAAGAGCCGCAAGAAGUGCUUCUGGUUCCUCUGAGGGGCCACCCUGGGAAGGGCUUUGGACCCAGGCGGGGGACAGUGCAAAGGUCCCGCUAAAACUGCUGAGAGACAGUGGAGGACGGACAGGAAGGACACUGUGGACGGACGGGAAGGACACUGUGGACGGAUGCAGGGAUAGUGAUGAAAAGAGAGACGAGGGAGGAGAGAGCAAGGAAGGGAGGAUGAAGGAAGGGAGAGGAGAGGAAGACUGGAAGAAGGGUUUAUCAUCAUCACCUUUGGAACUAUGAGGGUCAGAACACCAGCUUUUAUACUUCGAAAUAAAACGACAGAGAGAAAAAGAAAUUCAUCUCUUUGAAAGAAAAAAAAGGACUAUUAUUACUCUUCCUUAAAGCUUUUAAAAUGAUCUCUUGAAUUUCACUAACAUGCCGUGUUGUCCCGGCCUAUUGCAGGCAAGCAUUAUGUGAGAGAGAAGUCAGAUAGUAAGAAUGUGUACAUUACAGAGAGUUCCACAGGUUUGUGAAUGCUAUAUUUCAGAGGAAAAAAAGUACAUUUACGGCUCUAUAAAAUAUUUUACUACACAAAUAA